AUGGCUUGGCAGCCGAAUGUCACCACAAUGGCCAAGCAAAACAAAACGUCAAUGUAUGUCGAAUACGGUAACCUUAUUAAUGAAUUAGAACAGUACAUGCCGCAGUUCAAAGCAACUAUUAAAGACCUACAAGAGCCCUCUCAGUCAUUCGUUACAAAGUUCUACACAGACGUGUUUAACGAAUUCUUCUGCGAUGUGAAUAAUUUAAUUGAGAUCCAUAUCAAUCAAAAUCUUACGUACAAUGAAAUGUACAGUGAAACUGUACCGAUAUUGAACAUGUGUACAGCUUUGAAAUAUUUUUAUUCGAAAUUGGGAAUUGAUGAUUUUGGUUUGAAUGAUAUUUGUGAUCCGAGUUCAAAAAGAACAUACAACUUGCUACAAACAAUGAUUAACUUUAUUAAAUAUAGUGAUGAAAAAAUACAUGAAGUUGAUGCUAAAAUGAGAGCCAUUAGAAAUAUGAAAGAUACAAUUGAUAGACUUAAGAAGCAAAAGGAUAUCAUUGUGAACACAAUUAAUAAAAAGUCAAUAGACCGUAUACAACAAGGAGCUGAAUUAAAAACAGUCGCUCAAGAAGUGAAAGAUGGAAAAUCUGAAUUGACAAAAAUUCAAAAACAUAGAGAUGAUGUACUAAAAGAAUUGGAUAAAGUGAAGCAGGAUCAAGAUGAUAUUGAGAAAAAAUGUUCAAAGUUGUGCGAACUUAAAGAUAAUAUCAUAAGAGAUAUAAAUGAUCUUAGAGCACAAAUUGUAGAGGCUCCGGAUUUAUUAAAAGCCGAUCAUGAACGUUUAAAACGAUUAAAAAACGAAAUAACAGAAAAGAAAUCUGCAAUGAUGGCACAAGUCAGCGCUAAAAAACAAACUGUUAUAAUUCUGGAACAAGAACUAGCAGGCCAAGAAAAGCGAUUACGUUUGUUAACAGAUGUAACUGAAAAAAAUGAAAAACUUUUUAAAUUAUUCAAUGAAAUUGAAACAAUGUCACAAAAAAAAUCUGACUUAGAAGAGUCUUCUGAACAUUUAAAGGAGAAGAUUGAAAUCAUGGAACGUGAACGAGCUGAUAUAAACAACAAAAUAAAUUAUUUUGGUAAAGAAAUGGAGAGGGAACACAAUUCAUACAAGUCUAAAUAUGAUGCAUUAAAUAAAGAAAUUGACAGUAUGAUACAACAAUCCAGUCAUCAAUCCGAAACUAUAAAGUCGUUAGAAUUUGAGAUUAACAAAUGUAAUUUGCGUAAGAAUGAAUUGAAAACUGAAGUAAUUACUAUUAUGAAAGAUUUUGAAAUUGCCAAGAAUGAUUUAAAUGAAUUAGUGAGUUCAAUUGUUAUAUUUUUAGUUUAUGUGAACUAA